CUUGGAUGUGCGGAGUGAUUGUUUAGCGAGAAGAAUUGACAUUUUUAAAAGAAAAAAUAGCUUGUGUACAUAUAAAUAGAAGAUUUUAAGGACUGAGGCGACCGUGGAAAGGAAUCGGAACCCGGAAAAAUCCAGUGAAAGAAGGCAUGAAGACAUCAUCUUAGUCAUUAGUCAUGGCCGAUAAAAGGAAACUUCAAGGUGAAAUAGAUCGAUGUCUGAAAAAAGUAGCGGAGGGCGUGGAACAGUUUGAAGAUAUCUGGCAAAAGCUUCACAAUGCAGCCAACGCAAAUCAGAAGGAGAAAUAUGAAGCAGACCUCAAGAAAGAGAUUAAAAAGCUACAGCGUCUUCGAGACCAGAUCAAGACGUGGGUGGCAUCCAACGAGAUCAAAGACAAAAGGCAGCUAGUAGAGAACCGCAAACUCAUAGAAACGCAAAUGGAGCGGUUCAAAGUGGUGGAGAGGGAAACAAAGACGAAAGCGUACUCUAAAGAAGGGCUCGGUCUGGCUCAGAAGGUCGACCCAGCUCAGAGGGAAAAGGAGGAGGUCGGCACGUGGUUAACGAAUACGAUAGACACGUUAAACAUGCAGGUGGACCAGUUUGAGAGCGAAGUGGAGUCUCUUUCAGUCCAGACGAGAAAAAAGAAAGGAGACAAGGAGAAGCAGGACCGGAUCGAGGAACUAAAGAAGUUCAUCGAGAAACAUCGGCACCACAUCAGGAUGUUGGAGACGAUCCUGAGGAUGCUGGACAACGACUCGGUGCAGGUCGACGCCAUCAGGAAGAUCAAGGAUGAUGUGGAGUAUUAUCUCGACUCGUCGCAAGAUCCAGACUUCGAGGAGAACGAGUUUCUUUACGAUGAUCUGGACCUGGAAGACAUCCCUCAGACGCUGGUCGCCACCUCCCCGCCGGGACACUCGCACUUGGAGGAUGAGAUCUUCCAGCACUCUAGCAGCACACCCACCUCCACCACCUCGUCCUCGCCCAUCCCCCCCUCGCCUGCUACUUGCACUACGGAGAACUCAGAAGAUGACAAGAAAAGGGGACGUUCGACGGACAGUGAAGUCAGUCAGUCGCCUGUGAAGAAUGGAAAUCCUUCGUCUUCGUUAUCUUCCUCCUCCUCUUCCUCCUCGUCCUCGUCCUCCUCUUCCUCCUCUGUCUUGGGUCUAACCUCAUCAUCACUGGUCUCUAUGGCGACCAUGGCUGGGGGUGGAAGCAGCGGCUCUGGGGGCAGCAGUCACCACGUGAACUCUGGGGGUCUCCUUUCCAACACCUCCGCCGGCAGCUACAGCAACGCCACCCAGCAGCCCCCCCACCCAUCAGCACAGCAGCAGCAGGCCAAAAACUCCAUCACCUCCUCCUCCUCCGCUCCUCUAACCAACUCCACCUCUGCCACCAACAGCUACCCUGCCUCCUCCGCCUCCUCUCCGCCCAACACCAGCACACAGGGACUCCUGUCCUCGAACUCCCAGCCCCCGGCACUCUCUGGGGUCCCGCAGACCUCCAACAGUCUGGGUCUAAGUCUGGGUCUGGCUCUGGGGAAAGGCGGCAUGUCGGGCUCCAUCACCACCAGCCCCAUGUCCGCAGGUCUCGGCCUGUCAGGGAUGCCGGCGUCUCUGAGCACCAUGGCGAGCCUCCUGUCAAGCUCCACCCCCGCACCCUACGCUCAGGCAGCCGCCGCGGGCACGCUCAGUUCAGGCCUGCCAGGGUCUUUAGGUGGCGUCAGCACCACAACGACCAACAACAGUGGCCUGGGCUCCAUCGGCAGCGGGAGCAUCACAGUCGGCGGGCCGACGUCUUCGACAGGAGGUCUGCUGGGAGCGGCGCCUGGCUUGAACAGCAUCAGCUCGGGGAUUCUGGGCCUGGGCUCGGGACAGUCAGGGAUCCAGGGGUCUUCUCUGGUGUCGCUUAGCCCUGUUGGAGGUUUAGCACCCGGUAGUGGAGUAGGAGUGAUCGGGAGUAACGGAGGCAGCUCAGGAUCAACGGGGAGCGGAGUAGUGGGAGGGAACUCGUCGCUCUCCAUCAGGCCGCCGAGCCAACAGAAGCAGAACGGCAGCACCAGUUACAGUGCCGUGGUAGCAGACAGCACAACAGACUCCGCCCUCAACAGUGCCAGCCAAUCACAAAGCAGCCAACCCUCAUCUCUGACCUCCAUAGCCAAUCAGCCUAAGGACACUGGUCCCAGUUUACUCGGCUCUCUAAGUUUGUCAUCCAGUUCACCGUCUCCGGCUUUCUACAGCGAGGCCAAAACGGCGAGCGGAGGCAGCCUGCUGAACGGUCCACUGUCCUACUCACAGCCAUCCGACAGCAUCAAGCCACAGGAGCCUCUGAGCAGCCUCAAGUCCAUGGCCGAGCGAGCAGCACUCAGCUCAGGGAUGGAGGGAGACGUGCCCUCCCUGCACCUCACCCCAGACAUCUUCCCCAGCAGCACCACGGCGCCCUCGGGCCCACCGUCAGCACCUCAGCCCUCACUGUCAGAGGUCAGCAUCCCCCCGUCGUUGGGGGUCUGCCCACUGGGGCCGGUCCCCCUAUCCAAAGACCAGCUCUACCAACAGGCCAUGGAGGAGGCGGCGUGGACACACAUGCCACACCCGUCCGACUCCGAGAGGAUCAGGCAGUACCUGAUGAGGAACCCAUGCCCCACCUUGCCUUUCCACCACCAGGUGCCCCCGCCUCACUCCGACACUGUGGAGUUUUACCAGAGGCUUUCCACAGAAACCCUCUUCUUCAUCUUUUACUACCUGGAGGGCACUAAGGCCCAGUAUCUGGCAGCCAAAGCCCUGAAGAAACAGUCCUGGAGGUUUCACACAAAAUACAUGAUGUGGUUUCAGAGACACGAAGAACCCAAGACCAUCACUGAUGAGUUUGAGCAGGGAACAUAUAUUUACUUUGACUAUGAGAAAUGGGGCCAACGGAAGAAGGAAGGCUUCACAUUUGAGUACCGGUACCUUGAAGACCGAGACCUCCAGUGACCUGCAGCCAGAAAGACUCGACUAAAACACGGACAAACAAACGGCUGAAGGAGGACAGAGAGCAACAAUUGAAGAAGAGUGGUCCACCUGCUGACAUUCCUGGAUUUAAUCUCAGCUCUUUGGGGGACGGAGACGUCCGGAAAGGAAGGGGGGGGGGGCAAACGGCUUUAUAAGGACACAUUUAGAGCCCUCCUCUCCUCCGACUCUCCAACCCUCCUCCUCCUCCUCCUGUCCUCCAUCAUCAGGCCUUUUCUUCUCCUGAACUGGAACUCUCUUUACUACGACACUUUGGCAGAUAAGACACAAAAAUCACACCUGACUAUCAUGUGCUUUCCCCUCUGUGUUAUCUCAUUAUGUUGGCUUUAAAACGUUUGCAUAUGUAGCCCAUUAAGAACCAAAGAGAAUUGGUUAAUCAUACAGUACAGGCUAUGUUAGGGAAACCUCACCAAACAAGUAUACACACUAAAUCUGUAGUAUCAGAGCUGCAACUUCUUCCUGAGUUGUUUGAUGGAGCAGAGAUGCAGCAGCAGGGCAGAAAUCACACAGCUUAACUCAAAUCUAACUCAAAAAUCAGCAUCUAGAAGAGCAACCUGUGACCUGCAGCGUCAGCCAUAAGGAGUCGUUUUGGACAUGCACUUAGUUGCCAGUAUAUUCUAUAAACCUGUUGCAUGUUCAGUCUGAAAAACCUCAUUUUACUCUAUUUUUGACAUUAAACAUGUUGCAGAAGUGGUGCAGAAUGCUGUGCAGCAUGCUCUCCUCUAGCCCGUGUCUCAAAGAUUUCAUCCAAUCAGCAGCAACUUUUUUUCAAUAAAGUAGGGCACUUUUGCAUAAAAACACAUUUUUCUGUUAAAUUGAUCAAUAUUUUAAGUUAUAAAAAGUUGAAUUAUUACAUUGUAGUAACAGACAAUGUAGGAUUUGGUGCUAAAACAUUGACUUUCACUUUCAUUUUUCUUUCGUUUACAUUUAUGAAUCUCUAGAUUGAAUUAGUAAGAGUUAAAUUAUGUAAAGCCCCCUUUUUGGGGUAAAAUGUAAAAAGCAAUAAAGUUUGGCAUUAGAGCAGCAUCUAAACCAGCUGGCCUGGUAGCCAAACACCAAUAAAAAUGUCAUCAAAUCAUGAGAAACAGUUGUUCAAACAUGCAUCAACAAACACAGAAUAUUCUGUGAUUUAGGGUAACUUGUGUUGGAUUCACUGAUGUUUGCCUAGAGUCUACAAGGGGGUUUCAUACCAACACAAAAUCAUCCAAAAACAGAAUUGGCUCUGCUCCAGGUCAUGAAACAUGUUCUUAUUCUUCUACAUCUUAUAAUAUGAGUUAGAAAUUGACUCCCAGUAAUGUUUCUCCUGCUCUUCUGCUGCUAUAAGGGCUUGUUGAUCUCCAAACAAACCAACCCUUUGACCAUUAAACCUUCCUCUGCUGUAAUCCAGCCUUACCACACUAGACGAAAACACAAACCCAGCAGCUAAGUGUUGGUUGUAGGUGGCACCACAGACCCCUCUAGCACUUAACUAUCUUCAGAGGUCCUGCAGCUGUUGUUUUUUUGUGGUUAUUUUGUGAAUUCAACUGGCUGCUGUGGUCUAAAAAUAUCCCGCCCUGCCUACUCCCAUCCAGCCACGAUGGAGGAGUGUGACAACACAGCCGGUGAGGUGUUGGUAGUAACUGUCUUACCUGGUGGGCAGCGUUAUAUCAUCAUUUGGAAACUGUUUGAGGUGAAAAAGAUCAUACUUCCAAAAUUAGAAUCUAUUUCAGGUUUAAGUUAAAGGUCUUUGGCUUAUCUGUUCACAUUAUGAAUGAUCAGCUCACCCACAUCACAUUGACAAAGAAAAACACAGUCCAGCAGUGUUCCUUACUUUUCAUUGGUGGUAUCUUGUCAUAUAUUAAAAAUGUUCAUCAAGCACAGGCAAGGAAAGUUGUUGUUACUUUCCUUCUUUAAUGUUCCAGGCUACAAGCACUAAAAACAUUAUUAUUAUUAUUUCACUGCUUUAUCAGCACUCACCUCCAAAAUAAUUAUAUCGCUGAAAUUCAGAGGGAUUUUAGGCUGUAUUUCAGGGGUAAAAUGACAUAUUUGAUAACUCUUUGAGUACCAGUCAAUUACAGCUACUGUCAGUAUUCAGCUAAGUUAGCAUUCAAGGCUAACAUUCCAAGUUGAUAAUAUUAAUGUGGUAAUGUUGGUGUUCAACCAUGUUAGCCUUGAAGGCUAGCAUUAUAAGAUUGCAACACAGUUAGCUAUAAUAAUUUUCCUAUAAUAGGAACAAAAGUUUAAAUUAAAGGCUAACAUUGCAGAUAAUAACAUGGUUUGCUAGUAUCAGUUUCCUAUAAUAAUGUGCUACUCUAUUAAACAAUGCAUUCAAUUAUUUUUGUAUGCAAAAAUGUUAGCAUUCAAGGUCAACAUGACGGCACUGUUGGCUAGUAAACUUUCGGUUCCCUAUGAGAAUGUGUUGCUCUUUAGUACAACUGAUGUUGGAGUGCACCAUGUCAGCAUUGAGAAAAGUUAGCAAGGUUUAAAAUGUGAGACAACACAGCUAGUAUCAAUUUUCUAGCAUAUGUUGUUCUAUACUAAAACUACAAUAGGUGUUUAACCAUGUUAGCAUUUAGAAAAAUUAGCAAUAGGGCUAACAUUAUGAAAUAACAACAUAGUUAGCUAGCAUCAGUUUCCUUGGAUCUACUCUAUAGAACAUCAAAUAUUGGCAUUUAGACGUGUUAGCAAAGUUAGCAUCCAAGGCUAGCAUUUUAACAGCAACAACAAGAUAAGCUAGUACUGGAUCAGUUUCCUUUGAUAAUGUGCUUCUCUACAGAACAACUAGUGAUGGCGUUUAACUAUGUUAGCAAUCAGGAAAGUUACAAGAUAACAACACAGCAGGUAUCAGUUUCCUUUUAUAAUGUCACUAUAGAAAACUAGUUCUGGCAUUCAACCAUGUUAGCAUUCAGAAAAGUUAGCAUCAAAGGCUAAUUUUACAAGAUAACAGCACAGUUAGCUAGUAUUAAUACCCUAUAAUAUAGUGCUACUCUAUAAAAGCACAAAUGUUGGUGUUUAACCAUAUUAGCAUCCUACAAAGGUAGUGUUUAUGGCUUACAAUCCAAUGUUAUUGCACCGUCAGUUUCUGUGAUACUAGCUGCUCUAUAAAACAAUAAAUCCUGACAGCAUUGAUCAAAGUUAGCAUCAGAAAGUUCUCUAGUAUCAGUUCCUUAUUCUUUGUGCUAUGGAGAAGCAAAUACUGGCAUUUAACAAUGUAAGUAUUCAAGUAAGUUAACAUUCAAGGCUAACAUUGGAAGAUAACAACAUAGUUAACUAGUAUCAGUUUCCUAGGAUGAUGUACUACUCUAUAGAACAAAUAAUGAAAUAAUGGCGUUGAAACAUGUUAGAAAUUAGCAGAAUUAGUGCCAAGGCUGGCAUUACAAAAUAAAAACAACAUUAGCUGGUAAUGAAUUGGUUUCCUUUGAUAAUGUGCUACUUUGUAGAACAACUAGUGUGUAAAUCUACCAAAUGGUUAACGUUAGCCUUAGACCGUACUAGCAUUUAAGGUUGAAUAUCCAAGCUAACCCAAUAAGCAAGAAAAACAUGUACUAUACUAUUUAGUGGUACAUUUCAAACUGCUAAUAAUGGGCAUGUUCUACUACAUUUGCAUUCAUGGCUGAUAAUCCAAGCUAACAUUAGCUUAGAAGUAAAUGUAUUUUUCAUAAAAGUUUGGAAAGACUAGAAAAUGGCUAGCCAUAGCAUUUUAUUCUGGCUAUAAUUGCUUGCUAACAACACAAGUAGCUAGACAAUGUUUAUUCCUGUUUUGUGUAAAACAAUCAAUGGCUAAUGCUAGCUUUAACCACACCGUUAUUUAAGGCCUGAAUUCCUAGAGUAAGGGUUCCUGCCUUUUGCUAAUGUUAGUUAGCAAACUGUUAUGUUAGAGAGGGGUUUCUUUUUAAUGCCAAAGUUUACUAUCAGCUCAUUGCUACAUUCUUAGCAAAUGUAAAUAUUCAAGGUAUUAGUUGAAUGGCAACAUUAGAGUUUCUUCCUGGCUAGCAUUACCGAAAAGGGAAUUUCCAUCUGACAAGUGGUUCUGUAAGCUAGCUAAAUACAACUGUUAGCUAGAAUCAGUCAAUCAAUAAUAAAAGCAGAUUUACAGAACUUUCUGCACUAAUUAAUCAAAUUGGCAAAAAGCAAAUUGGAAGUUGUUGACCAUUUAAUUGUAUAACAGUUGAAAUCUUUUUUUUUUUUUUUUUUUUUUUUUUUUAAUUUCAUAGCCAGCAAUAAUGUUAGCCAACUAAAUAAGUACUCCAACCAGAAUUGGUGUAAAACCAACUGUAGCCAAAAAUUUUGUGUCACCUUGUUUUGAAAGCUUCAGUCAUGCUUUGAGUAACAUUUGCUUGCAAGUAUCUUUUUGAUUUGCAACAUAAUUCAAUUUGAAAAUGUAAAAUCCUAGACACACUCGAUUACUUAGCAUUGUUCAGUAGGAAAGUCAUAAAGUCUUAACCCAAAGUCAUAUUUGCAGGCUAUAAAUAAUACUUGCUAAAGCUGGUUGAAUGCUAAUGUUAGCAGUUGUUACAUAAAUCUGUACAACCAAUAGUCAAAGAUGAUAUUUUACCCUGAAAUAUAGCCUAAUUUCCCUCUCGAUUUCCUCUACUUCUGUCUGUUCUGUCGCUUUUUUAAAAAACUUUAUUGAACAAUUUGUCUUUAAUUGCCAGUACUGCAGACAAGUUGUAAGCAUUAGUGCAUGAUACGAGAAAAAUUAGCCUAUAAUUUGAUAUAUAACAUAAUUUAAGUAAAACAGUUGGGACAAGUAAAAUGCAUCAGUGUUGAAAGAUUGGAAAAACACUAAUUUAAAAAAAUAUUUUUUUUUUUGUCCUUUUUAUCAUGCAAAAGUUUAAAUUCCCUUUAUUGACUAUAUUAAAAAAAGAUUGCUUACUUAACCGUAUUUACUGAUACCGAGCUUAAACAACACCAUUACUGCUUUUAAAACUAUUUAUAAGUUAUCAGAUGUUCUUCAUCCCUCCCUUUGACAGUUUAUCAGUGCAAAGUUUUCAUUCUCCUCUACUUUUUUCAUUUUCAUUCAUGCUAGAAUAUCAACAAAUUGCAGAUGUGGCUCCAACUUUGACUUCAUGCUAACAUCGAGUAUUUUGGCUUGGUUUGGGUGCUGGUAUCUGUUUCUGGUUUUGGUAUUUGUGCAUCCCUACUACCGCCUCAAGGUUAUGUUUGUAAAGUUAGCAUCUCUGUAGAACACUUUCUGCUGUAGACACCAGCCAGAGAAAGUAUAUAUGUCUUUAAAAGCAGAUAAAUCUGCAUGAUAAGAUGCCACUACAUGAUACAGUGCUGUUCUGGGUGAGCUGAACACUUUAAACUUUACGCUCCAGCAGCUAACCCUGUGAGCGUCGUGGGUGGCGGAUGUUACCAGCAGCUGGAUGGACAUUUUGUUAGUCUCCCACCAGCCUUCCUCCCUCCUCCUCCUCCUCCUCCUCCUCUCUCUGUGCUGAAGAGUACAAACUGAGCAACACCAGCACCACUGCUGCCCACACCUCCUCUGUCCUCCAGCUCUGUGCUGCUCCAUGUUUACACACUGAAGGCUUCACAACAAACUCACACUGCCCAGUUGUUACCACCAACAAAUCAAGCUCCUGGACACACGGCAGCUUGUUUUCUUUCUCCUCCUGUUUUUCUUUUUUUUUUGUGUGUGUGGUUUCUGUUCCCCUCUCUCUUCAUGCCAGGUAGAUAUUUCCUUUAUUUCUCAGGAAGUAUUUGAUAGAUAAUUUUAUGAGGAAAUGUAUCCGCCAGCAGCUCCUGUCGCCGCAGCACAACAAAAUAAUCCUCCCUGAAAGAUUCGUACCAAAAUUUGUAGCCCCUUUCUCUACCUACCCGUGGCCCUCCCCAUUUCACAAAAGGCUUUUUUAAAAACUCAAAUAUCGUCCUCCAACGUUUGGAGCAGCGCCUGGAUGAGAGACCAUCUUUAUAUUUUGUAUUUGUUGGAUUAAUCGUAGUGAGAUUGUAUAUUAUUUGUUAAUUUUUCCAGAGACAGGGAAAGCAUUUAAAAAAAAGAUGAGAGCUGUUCUUUCUGAAGAUCAGUGACUUCUCACCAGGAGUGUGGGGUGUUUUUAUAGCCAAACAGACACACUGACCGACAAACAACUCUACACUUAUUCACUUGACUGACAGUCCUGCUUUUAACCUUUUUGUUUACUUUUUUUUGCCAAGCAGAAGAGAGGAGAGGUCAAUCCAAGAGCCCAAAUGUGAAUCUCUCUCUUCCUCCUUGACAAGUGUUGUAUAAACUGUCAUACUUCAAACCUCUCCUUUAUUUUUGUUUAUUUUGUUUGUUGUUGUCGUCAGACAGCAUGGAAUAAUGACACUUGCAAAGUGGCGCUGAAAAAGUAAAUAAUGA